AUGAAAGUAAUAUUGUCAGAGAAUCACUUGUCAAACACUGUUGUUGAAAUCAAUUGGGUUGGUGAUAUAGCCAAAUACAUAACAAAUCAGGCAGUGCAGGCCAUGAAAAAAAUCAGAAUUUUUCCAAUAUCUGAAUUCUGUUACAAAUACGGACUCUCGUGGCAAAGCCGAUCGGUGUAUGCACAGACAGCACCCUCUCAACGCUUGGAUCACUCAGGUUUCGUGCAGAUGGUCAGAGAAAAGAAUCCCAAUGUUAUUUCAAUUUACUGUGUUAUACACCAUCAAACCUUGGCAGCUAAGACAGUUCCAAAUGAACUCAAGGACGUCUCAGAAUCAUGUUUCAAAAUUGUGAAUUAUGUGAACAAGAGUGCGUCAAAUACUCGUCUUUUUACGAUUCUUUGUGAAAUUUGGGAGUAUAAAAUAAAAAAUUACUAUUUCAUACAGAUGUAUGCUGCCUCUAAAAACGAAAUAUAUAUUUUCGACUCUCUGAACUUGAAACUGCAAGUCAGUGAUUCGACUGUAAUUUAUCAUCGGGAUGCCAUCACAGCAUACACUGAUAAACUGCAGCUUUGGAAAUGUAAAAUCGUAGCCUGCAAUUAUUCUCGUUUUCCCAAAUUAUUUGGAAUCUUGGAAUAA